AUGCCGUAUGUCACCUCACAUCAUAUGCCGUAUGUCACCUUCUCACAUCAUAUGCCGUAUGUUACCUUCUCACAUCAUAUGUUGUAUGUCACCUUCUCACAUCAUAUGCUGUAUGUCACCUUCUCACAUCAUAUGCCGUAUGUCACCUUUUCACAUCAUAUGCUGUAUGUCACCUCCUCACAUAUGCCGUAUGUCACCUCACAUCAUAUGCCGUAUGUCACCUCACAUCAUAUGCUGUAUGUCACCUUCUCACAUCAUAUGCCGUAUGUCACUUUCUCACAUCAUAUGCCGUAUGUUACCUUCUCACAUCAUAUGCCGUAUGUUACCUUCUCACAUCGUAUGCCGUAUGUUACCUUCUCACAUCGUAUGCCGUAUGUUACCUUCUCACAUCAUAUGCCGUAUGUUACCUUCUCACAUCAUAUGCCGUAUGUCACCUUCUCACAUAUGCCGUAUGUCACCUCACAUCAUAUGCCGUAUGUUACCUUCUCACAUCAUAUGCCGUAUGUUACCUUCUCAGAUCAUAUGCCGUAUGUCACCUCACAUAUGCCGUAUGUCACCUCACAUAUGCCGUAUGUCACCUUCUCACAUCAUAUGCCGUAUGUCACCUUUUCACAUCAUAUGCCUUAUGUCACCUUAUAUAUGCUGUAUGUCACCUUUUCACAUCAUAUGCCGUAUGUCAUCUUUUCACAUCAUGUCGAUACCAAAAAACAGUUCACUGUUUUGAAUGAUAGAUCACAGGGUGGUAGUAGCCUUAAAGAUGGAUCAGUGGAAUUAAUG